AUCGAAAAAUGAAAAUCAAAGAUACAACUGAAUAUGCAGAAACUGCAACUAAAGCAAUCGAUGAUAAAUCUUCCGAGUUGAGGACUAUCAGUUUAAAGAUUCAUGAAAAUCCGGAAUUAGCUUAUAAAGAAAAAUUUGCUCAUGGUUUGUUGGUAAAAUAUCUCCAGGAUCAGGGAUUUAACGUAACUCCUUCUGCAUAUGGUCUCGAGACGGCGUUUGUUGCAGAAUUUCAAUCCAUAGCUGGUCGAGGUAGAGUAGUUUCAUUUAAUUCCGAGUAUGAUGCUCUUCCUAAAAUCGGUCACGCUUGCGGUCAUAAUCUUAUUGCAAUUAGCGGAGUUGCUGCUGCAAUUGCAUUAAAAACUGUAUUUGAAAAGUAUCAAAUUCCCGGAACUGUGAAAUUAUUUGGUACUCCGGCUGAAGGAAAUGGCAAAAUUGAUUUGGUUAACGCUGGUGCUUACAAUGAUGUUGAUAUUUCUUUAAUGGUUCAUCCAAGUCCAUUUGAUGGAUGUUUCAUAAAGUUUCUUGCACUUCAAUCUUGUGAAGUUAAAUAUUUUGGAAGAACUGCACAUGCUGCUGGAGCGCCAUGGGAAGGAAUAAAUGCGCUAGAUGCCACGAUUUUGGCUUAUAAUAAUAUUGGGUUAUUACGACAACAAAUUUUACCAACAAAUAGAAUUCAUGGAAUUAUAACUAAUGGUGGUGAAGCGCCAAACAUUAUUCCAGAUAAUACUUCAUCAGAAUAUUUUAUUCGUGGAAGAACGAUUAAGGAUUUGACCGAUCUAAGACCACGCGUUCAUAAAUGUUUUGAAGCAGCUGCUAUAGCAGCUGGAUGUACAAAGGAAAAUGGAGCCAAAGAUCCUAGCAUCUUCUGGAAGAGGGAAGUCUUUGAUGUGAAAACAAAUGUUCCUUUGGGUAAUAGAUAUGAGGAACAUCUUAAGAAAUUUGGAAUAACUUUUCCGACAAAGGAAGAGCAAGAUGCUACACCUGCAGGUUCAACAGAUCAAGGACGUGUGACUUAUUUGAUUCCUGGUAUUCAUGCAAUGUUUGAUAUAAAACCUCCCAAAGGGAGUGCUAAUCAUACGCCUGGUUUCACUGAUGCUGCUAAAACUGAAUUUGCGCACGAAGCUACGCUAACUGCCUCAAAAGGAAUCGCAUUAACUGGUAUAGAUUAUUUGGUCGAUGAUUGUUUUGCUAGACUAGUUAAGUUGUCUUUUGAUGGACAUUUAAACGAUGGAGAACAAGUGCAUGUUUAUCGAUGGCCUAUAAAUUACCUUUUUACAUGGCAAUUUUGGACAACAAAUUUGUUGUAUCCAACGAUAUACACACAUAAUUGGCCGGAACCGCAGUGUUCUUUGAUUGUUGGCUGCUUCUUUUUCGUAUCAAUUACAAACAUUCUUUUGGUUGGAAUGUCUUCUGCCAUGAGCUGGCUCAUAGUAUGUAAAAAAGUAUAUUUAAGUUUUGGAAAAUAUGACUGGAAAUUGUUUGUGAUUCCAUUCGGUGGCGCAACUGUAUUAACAAUCAUAUCAGCAUCAACAAACGAAGGAUUUUGCAUUCUUCGGAAAAUUGCUAGCACCGAAUUUGAUCAUAAUAACGGACCGUUCUUGAAGGCAUCAAAGAAAGUACUGGGGUAUCUUUUGAUGUAUAUUGUACAAUGGACUCCAUUGAUGGUUUACGUAAUCGCCGAUAUUCUCAAUGUAGCCAGUUAUUUUAUCGCAGCGGGAGGUAUAUUGAAUAUGGUACAAUAUAUUAUUAAUGAAGGUUGGAAGGAUAUACCGAGAUCUCCAUUAACGAAUCGAGAUUCAUGUAAUGCUCCUAACUCGAUUAAGAGCACCGACGUUGAAGGAAGAAAUAGAAAUUGGAAUUACAUCUUAAAAAUAAAUAUCGAAAAUGAUGAAGAGGUGACCGAUGGCUUAUAG